CCCGGAGGAUAAUUUGUAACGUACACGACGUUACACAUGUCUUCUGAUGAGUGUCCUCUACAUCUAAUUACUCAUUCUGCGUGAUAUUUCUCUACCCAAUACUGACAGCAGUCUAAGAGUGAGUUGAACUGAAUGUAGGAUCUCUGAAAAGAAGUAAGCAUGACUGCUCGAGGAACACCGAGUCGUUUUUUACAGAGCGUUCUUCAAAAUGGAGUGGGUCGCUACGUUUGUCAGCUAAAGCGAAUAUCUCUGAUCUUCUCAAAGAAAGGCCAAGGCUCUUUAGGAGUCAGGGAUUUCAUUGAAGAAGGUGUGGUGGACUUUGCCAAGAAUAACCCAGGAACUGUGGUUUACAUCUCCCCUCAGUCCUGCAGAAUUCCAAAGAUAGUAGCUGAAUAUUUGAACGGUAAUGUGAAAGAGGAGACCAUCACCAACAAAACAUCACAGCAAAUUGCAGAACUUAUAACCAAGUUGUCCAACCAGUCAGGACUGGACAUCAUCCGCAUUCGUAAACCCUUCCACACAGACAGCCCCAGUAUCCAGGGCCAGUGGCACCCCUUCACAAAUCGACCCCCCAGUAUUGAUCCAGUCGGCCCACAGGCAAAAUAAGGACUUUGCAUUGUAUUUAUUCUCUGCCAAAUGUUCCGACCUGUUGAAGGAUCUUUGAAUGUUUUCAGCAGUGACCUGUUAUUAGACUUUUAAGAUGAUACUUUUCCGUUUGAUGAAACAUGACCGAUCAUUUAUGGCUUAAUAAAAAUGUGUAUAUGCUCCAAUAA